UUUAAACAGUUACAUCUGCACUAGUCUUGGAUCCACCAACCAGAAAUGAUUCGCUUGGUUCUAGUUACUUCUUUCAUUUUGAUCUUGGGUUUCUACGAAGCCAAAAGUGAAUCAAAUGACCUUCCACUCAAGAAUGGCGAGACCAGUACUCCCUAUCAAUCAAUUGAAGAAAAGACGGCAGAGGUAGCUGCUUACGGGAGAGUCGUUGAAGGGAAAAAUCCCGAAUCACCUCUUCCACUCGUGGUAACGACAGCGGCGUUGACGACGUUGGCCUACAUUGGUGGCAAACUGUAUAAAGCACUUUUUUUCCGGGCGGCAUGGAAUGCAGUUGCUAACGCACCGGCAAAAGAAAAGAGUCGUAAGUGAAUGAUACAUCGGUCACAUGCGUAAAAUCAAGCAGAUGAA